AGAGAGGGAGGGAGGGAGAGAGAGAAAGAGAGAGAGAGAGAGAUUUGUGCCCACAAUGGCGACUGUAGGUAUGCUAAAUACCUCUGGUUCCUUAUCCGGGAACUACCUCUUACUCUGCUAUUGGGCCACUGGGUCACGUGGUAAAAGUAACUUUACAGGGCUGCUCGCAAGUAGGAGGGCUUUAUGGAGCAGAAAAACGACAAAGCUAGAAAAAUUAUUUUCCACUCCAGAAAUUAAUGAUCAUGAGCUCGUAUUUGAUGGAGUCUAACUACAUUGAUCCGAAAUUUCCUCCAUGCGAGGAAUAUUCGCAAAAUAACUACAUCCCUGAGCAUAGUCCAGAAUAUUACAGCCGCGCAAGGGACUCUGGCUACCAGCAUCACCACCAGGAGUUAUAUCCUCCGCGGGCGAGCUACCAAGAGCGCCAGUAUAACUGUGCAAGCAUCCCCGAACCAGACACGCCAAGGGGACAUGGAAUAUCCCAUUCUGCGCACCUACUGACAGGGAAAGGGCAGCCUGCUUCAUGUGAAACCCCACAGUUGUCCAUGUCCCCCGCCACCCCACCGGCCGCAACCUCCGCCUGCAACCAAGCUACCCCGGAGCAUCCAAACAGCACAGCCUCCUCCAAACAGCCUGUGGUGUACCCAUGGAUGAAGAAAAUUCACGUCAGCACUGUGAACUCUGGUUACAAUGGGACGGAGCCCAAGCGGUCUAGGACAGCAUACACCCGCCAGCAAGUCUUAGAAUUGGAGAAGGAAUUCCACUAUAACCGAUAUUUAACUCGGCGGAGGCGCAUCGAGAUCGCACACACCCUGGUUCUCUCCGAGCGACAGAUUAAAAUCUGGUUUCAAAACCGCAGAAUGAAAUGGAAAAAGGAUCACAGGCUGCCGAACACCAAAGUGAGAUCCUCCUCCUCUUCCUCCGGGUCCAACACAAGCUCAGCAGCCGGCGCUGUUGCCGCUGCUUCGGCCACUAACACUGGGGCCCCCGACGAACUCACCGGAGCACAGCAUGGCGAGGAUAUUACCAGGUUAUAAAAAAACAACAGCAGCAAAACGGCAAGAAAAUCCACGAACCAUGAUCGGGGCUAGAAAAAGGACUGGUUAUUUAUAGAACAAUUAUAUAUUUUGUUUUCGUAGCUAUCUUGUGCGGUUUCCUUUAAGUCCAAAGUUAUAUAAAAUGCAUGUUAUAUAGCAUGGAUUACUGCGAAUACCGAUGGAUUAUUUUUACGUGACACAGGGUUUAAUUUAUUUGAAGUUCAAUUAAAAUGAUGUUUUUUAUUAAAAAAAUGUUUUGAAUGAAGGAAGAAAAAGUAGAAAAAAUAUACAUUUUAUCAAAAAAAAAUGUUAUUGUGGGCCAUUCUUUUGCUCUGCUGCCCAAUAAGGUGAAAUGCACAAUCUAUUUAUUUCAAACAACACUGGAAGGAAAUCACUAUAAUAAUAGUUAUUUUUGGUAUAAAGAAAAUAAGGCUGGAACACACCAUUGGUCUUGAACUUGUAUGUUUAGGAUAAUAAUGUGUGGAUUACCUCGUGUAUUUCAGAAAGCAGGAUUUUUUGAUUUUACAAUUUAGUUUUGUGGUGUUGAUGUUGUGUUUAGACCGUUAAAAAGCAGAUUAUUGUGAAAUGCAAUAAACGGAGUUUAGUGUACUUGUGCUACUCAUAUUGGUCAAUAAAACAGUGAGUGUCUACUAGUUUUA